CACCGCCGCUGUUGUUUGUGAACAGGAUGAGCAGCUCAGAGGAAGUCUCCUGGAUAUCCUGGUUCUGUGGACUCAGGGGGAAUGAGUUCUUCUGUGAGGUUGACGAGGAUUACAUACAAGAUAAGUUCAACCUGACGGGUCUGAAUGAGCAGGUGCCUCACUAUCGGCAGGCUCUGGACAUGAUUCUUGACCUGGAGCCAGAUGAGGAGCUUGAAGAUAAUCCAAACCAGAGUGAUUUGAUAGAGCAGGCUGCAGAGAUGCUCUAUGGACUCAUUCAUGCUCGCUACAUCCUCACUAACAGAGGCAUCGCCCAAAUGCUUGAAAAAUAUCAACAAGGAGAUUUUGGCUAUUGCCCUCGAGUUUAUUGUGAAAAUCAGCCAAUGCUUCCGAUUGGUUUGUCAGACAUCCCCGGAGAAGCGAUGGUGAAGCUCUACUGUCCAAAAUGCAUGGACGUGUACACGCCCAAAUCCUCCAGACACCACCACACAGACGGAGCCUAUUUCGGUACCGGCUUCCCUCACAUGUUGUUUAUGGUGCAUCCAGAGUAUCGGCCAAAGCGUCCAGCCAACCAAUUUGUGCCAAGGCUGUAUGGUUUCAAAAUUCACCCGAUGGCUUAUCAGCUUCAGCUUCAAGCUGCAUCGAGUUUCAAGAGCCCGGUGAAGACGAUUCGCUAAAGCCACACAUGGACUCUACUGCCAUUCAAGUCAAAGCAGUAUAUUCAAUGUUUGAUCAAAAUAGCAGCACAGUUGUCAAAUAUUUUAAGUUUUUUUUUAUUGAAAUGUGACGCUACAGAGACGAUGUUUGUGCAUCAUUUGACUCUUGGGAGACUCGUCAGAAAUGACAGAACUUUAAGGCUAAAGGUUUGUUUAUGUUGUGAUGACCAGCCACAGCCUUAAUGAUGCUUUAAAAUUAAAAUUAUUUUCCGCUUUUAAUCUAAAGUGAGAUAAAUCACACAGAUUGGAUUGUAGAAUGUUCUUUUUGUGCUUAAGUCUCGGUAAUGUAUAAAGGUGCCAUGAAAAGCUGUAAAUCCCAUAUAAGAAAGAUUUCUUUCCUUUAGCUUAGAUGAAUUUAUUUAUUUGAAGAUUAUUUUUCCUGUUAAAUCUGUAUUUGUAUCAAAAUGAUAGAUUGUAUUCUAUGGAACAAGUGAAUGAUAAAUAAAUGUUUAUUUCUUUGAAAA